AUGAGUAACCCGUGUCUCUCUUUCAUUCACAGACCCAACGCAUGCGUGGUGGAGGAGGUUCCGUUUUCCAACCUGGAAUUCUGGACCGAAUGUCGUUACUGGAUGAGACGGAACAUUUGCGGCCGAAAAACGCGACUUCGCUUCGAAUGCUGCGAAGGUUUCGAGAGAAUUGAAGGCGAGGAUGGCUGCACUCGAGUUAAGCCACUGAUGAACCUUCUGGAAACAGCCGAAUCUCUGGGAGCCACGAAGUGGGCCCAGUACAUCAGAGAAUCUGGACUGGCUGGAGAGUUAGAGUCACCUGGAGCCUUCACUCUUUUCGCCCCUACAAAUGAGGCCUUUGACAACCUGCGAAGAUCCUUGAGAAGCCAGAUGGAGUCCUACAGAGGUAACCCUAGCAAUCCCAUCCUCCUGUAUCACAUCCUCCCCACCAAGCUUCUGUCAGAUGAAUUUCAGGGAAAUACUUUGGCUGAAACCAGGCAUCAGGGACACAACGUGAGAAUCAAUAAGUACUCGAAUGGCAUGACCACCAUCAACUGCGCCCUGCUCGUGAGGAAGGACCAACAGGCAGUCAACGGAGUCGUCCAUUUGAUUGACAGCGUCCUCGACCCCAAUGUUGGCAUAUUGCAAAAUGUUGCAGAUAUGGUUCUUAAUGACGGUCGAUUUUCCGUUUUGGCUGAGAUCCUGGAAAAGAGCGGUUACAUCAACGUCCUGAGAACACUCCAGGAGUCCAUCACCAUUUUGGCACCGUCGGAUGAGGCCUUCCAGAAGCUUCCAGAAUCCAGGAGGGAAAAAAUCAUUAAUGAUCGAGAGGCCAGGCUGGCACUCCUUCAGAACCACGUGAUCCCACACGUCAUUUGCGAGUCCGCCAUCACCGGCGAGCACCGAGUCCGGACGAUCUCGAACAACAAGCUGAUGUUCAACUGCGACAUUCAGGGAGCUUACGUCGAGAACACCAAACUCAGGGGCAACUUCAAUCUGGGGAAGAACGGAAUCAUCCACAUGAUUGAUGAUGUCCUGCUUCCUGAUCGAGCCAAGAACCUGGUGGAACUGGCCGAGAGCCGAAAUCUGGUCACAUUCGUGGAACUUGUCAAGAAAGCCGGUCUGGAAGAGACUCUCAGCCACACAGGAGACUACACCUUCUUCGUCCCGGAUGAGGCUGCUUGGUAUGCCUUGGAUUCGCAAGUACUGAACGAAGCCAGGAGGGACAUGGACAUGGCUGGCCAAUUGGUCAGAUUCCACGGAUCCUAUGGAAGGACUUUGACCAAUGCCAUCACUGAUAAUCAGGCCAUCAUGUCCUUAGACGAGGAGAAUCCAGUACGCCUUCAGGUCUGGCGUCGAGCCCUUGGAGUAGAGGACGCUAAAAUCACCGAAAGGGACAUUGAAGCACAGAAUGGCGUCAUCCACAUCAUUAAUAAGGUCAUCAUGCCGUCCAACCAAUCAGCAUUCGCCAUUCUGAGGUCAAUCCAGGGUCAGAACUUCAACAUCUUCCUGGAAGCCUUGCAAAGGAUCUCGUCCAUUCCGAAUGCCAUCCUUGAUUUGGGUCCAGGGGACGAGUCCUUCUAUACCUUCUUCGUUCCCAAUGACGCAGCCUUCCGGACGUUAGACAGGGCAACGCUGGACAAAAUCAAGAAUGAUGAUCAGUACGCAACUGAGUUACUCAAAAGCCACAUUGCUGUAAACAUGUUCCCAGAAACCUCUUUCCAGAAGAACCUCGUGUAUACCAUUAAUGGCAUGGCGGGAUCCUUCGACGUCAAGAAAACACCAGAUGGUGUCUUGACUGUGAACAACGAAGCUGUUACGAGCUCUCACAUGAGUGCCAAUGGAGUAAUACAUGUAAUCAAUAAGGUUUUCUUACCUGGCAAUAGCUACACUUACUCUAGUACUAGGACAGUUACUACCUACAGCAGGGGUGGCAAUGGAGGCGCCUCCUCAUCAUCCUCCUCAUCUUCCUCCUCCUCUUCUUCCUCUGCCUCAACAUUCUCUACGUCAUCAAGGCAGUCUUCUCGCCGGACAUACAAGAAGACCGUUUCUUUUGAGUCUCAUGGAAGGACAGCUGGUGGACGGCAAACUACUUACCCAGAAGGUACAGUGUCAACAGCUAGUGCCAUCCGCAGGAGGACUUCUAAAGGAAUCUCUAGAAGGAGGAAUGCAUCUUCCUCCUCCUCUCCAGGAGUAACCACCACUGUUGCAAGCACCUCCUUAGACGACUCAAGGAGUAACCCUGCCUCUGAACCCGAUUCUACUGCUCUAGAAGAGACUCCCCUGCAAGGCUUAGGAUUCUCUGCACGUGAAUCAGAGGCCUCAUCCAAUUCCCUAAGUAGCUCAUCAGAUACCAAACGGGACCAAUAUGACUUCCCUGCAUUUAAUGAACCUACUGAGCCAGGAUUAACAGACAAUUCUGGCUUAUCCUCUCAUUCUAUUACAUACCGUACUUACAAACCUGCCGAUAAAGCAGAAGGUACUUAUACUGUACGUGAAGGGUCUUAUUCUUCUUCAUCUUACCCCUCCUCCAGAUCAUCCCCCUCCUCUUCUAAUUCAUACUGGACUAGCUCUUUUGGUGAAACAGUGAGCGAAGAUGAUGGACCUAUUCGGGGUGACUUUGAUGGUUCACAAGAUUCAGCUUUCAUUUCUUCUUCCUCUUCUUCUUCUUCCCUUCCCUCUUCUUCCACUGGGUCAGGGCGUUUCUCAGCUACAGGGACGAGGUAUGAGGCCUCAGGUUCCUUUGGACAGGGAUUAUCUGAAUCCUCAGGCACAGACAUAGCUGACAGUUUUAGAAGAGGUUCUGAAGCUUCAAGUAGUUCUAGCUCUAACUCUCGGAGUGGUUCAGAAUCAACCUCGAGGCAAUCAGGGGGAUCUGGUUCUGAGUACUCUGAAACCCAAGGGUCUGGCACUGGCUUGAGUGGUAGUCGCAGCUCUUCUUCCUCUAGGUCAUAUACUUAUCAUCAAUCUGGUGGUUUUGGUGGCUCACUAACGCAUGAUGGCCCCUCUCACUUCAAUAUUCCAGAAGGUUUUGGUGAAGGAACUUAUACAGUCACCAACACAACCCAUCGCAAAAACACUGUCGGCCCAGUUAACCCUGAUGGUGGAAGGUUUAGUUAUGUUGGACAUUCAUAUGGUCAUGAUGUUGUAGGACACACUGACACAGUGGGUAAUGAAAUAGGACCAGAUGGGGAAAAGCUUGAUAAAGAAUCUCCAUUACCUUUCUCCAUGGGGACAAGUAGGCAUAGCUCCUCACAGGGAAAUACAGUUAAUGGAGUUGGUGGUAAUACAUAUGAAUACAGACAUGAAUCACACUUUAAAGAGCUUAGGCCUCAUGAAGAAGGCAGUAAUUUAGAUGGUGGGGGCAUUGUAACAAGCAGAAAAACUACAAGCAAGAGGAAGUACGGUGUUACAAGUUCUGUAGUAACAUAUCCAGCAGGUGGGGGGAAACCUCUUUACAAGGAAGAGAAAACGUACACAUUCCCAGUCGAUGGCUGGCCAGCCUCUGGUCGAAUUGGUAAACACCAAUCAUCUUCUGUUUCAGCUUACGCCUUCACAGGAGAGGAAGAUAGGGACUUUGCUGAUGGUACGGACUUUGGAGAAGUAACUAGAGGAGGUCAAUACAGAACGUCCAGAUAUCCCAAAACUAAAUAAGAAGAAACAUCUGAAAAA